AUGCUGGGGCCCGAGGCGCUGAGGCGCCUGAAGAAGGUGGCCCGGGUCCUGUCGCUCGCAUGCAGCCUGGAGCAGCGAGCGGCCCUGGAGAGAGCGCGCGACGCCGCGCGGAGCCGGCACAUUGGCGGACUCGUCGAACAGGUGCGGGGGCCCCUGUCAGCUUUACGGACCCUGGGAGCGAUGCUGGUGCCGCGUACGGAGGACGUCACUCGUGACGUUGCCGACGGCAUUGUAGUCCAGGGGAACAGAUUGCAGGACCUUGUUUUGGAGCUACAGAAGGUCUUGAGGCCUGCACAUCUGCCUCCAUCCUCUGCGCCCCUGGCUCCCAUCCCCGCUUCGAGCCAGCUGGAGCAGUGCUUUGUCCCUGCGGUGCUGGAGAGGGUGGCGGAUGACAUGACCAGUGCCUGUGAGAAUGUGGGCGUCCGAGUCAGAAUGGACCCGCUUAUUGCGACGCUCGCCCACGAAGGCGGUCAGGCCCAGAACAGCAGCAGCAGCAGCAGCAGCAGCAGCCCCAACAGCUUGAUGGACAAUGUCAGCAGCUGCAGCAGCAGAGAUCUAGAUGCCUAUGUGGCAGCAGGGAUGAGUGGCAGGGCGGCCACUGCUAGCAAAGUGGAUGCAGGCUUCGGCCAGUCGCGCACAGCUACUGGGCGAGGCAGCAGAUACAGCGCCCAAGUUCAAAGGCAGGGAGCUCAGGGUCAGCCAGUGCUUUUGCCGCCGCCAUCGCGCGGCCUGCUGCUGGGGGGCCCAGUGCUGCCUGACAGGCGCCAGUUCUAUGCGCAAGUCCCUCCCGAGGUAGGGGUCCGUAUUCUGUGCUGCUACACAGCCAUCCGUAGCCUUUGUUCCUUUGCGGACACAGUGCAGGACACAAUCUGUUCAUUGUAA